GCACGCUGAGGCCGCGCACGCGUCGGCUGUGGAGAGCUUGGCCCAGAGUCAGAUGGAGACCAAGCAGGAGGCCAAGCAGCUUUUCUCCCUUGACGAGUAUCGAGGCGAGAGCCGCCGUGAGGAGCGACGCCUUGUUGAGGAGGUCGCAGCGGCUGCUGCCCAGCGUGCAGCUGCCGAUCGUGUCGCCCUUGUCCCGGGCGCCCCUGCUGCUGGUGCUCGCCCUGACGUUCGGCCCCUGCUGCUGGUGGUGGAGAAGGUGGAGGCCCUGCGCGGGUUGUGCCGCAGCCCCCGCCCAAUCUUGGCACCAUGGGAGAACCUGAGCCUCACGCGUGGUGCCAGCUCCACAACCAGCAGUCCGAGUUCUGAAAGGCCGCCCAGCAGAUGCAUGCGGCUAUUGAUCGUGAUGAUGAAGAUAUGUCCGAUGCUGCCUCUGAUAUGGGAGCUGAGCGCCUUGAGGAGCUGCAGCAGCUCAAGAAGCGCACGAUCGAGCAACCAUUGGAGGCGGCGCAGCGUGAUCGAUUGGAGCAACUACUGCGCGAGCAGGUCAACCAGAAGGCCGCCAAGAGGGCCCGAGUCUCGCGGACGGAAGCCACGGCGACCUUCAACCGCAUACUCCAGCAGUUUCAGGCAGGUGGCCAUCUCCUUUCUGGAUCUGCAGCUGUCGCCCCACCUGUACCUGUCUCUGCUGCUGGUCCACAACGAGGAGCUGUUCCCGAGGCUGCGGAUGCGGGAGGAGGCGCGCCACUUUCCUAGCCAGGCAGCGCGGCCCUCGAACCGCCGCGUGAGCCGGGCCGGAGCCUGGAUCGGCCGAGCCAGAGCCGGGGCCGGGGCUGGACCAGGGUUGGAACCAGCCACGGCCAGGGCCAGGGCUGGGGCCCGAAACGGGGAUCGGAGCCAGGACCGGGGCUUCAGUAGAGUUGCGUUUUUGCAACAUUACCAGUUGGAUUGCGGUUUCAUUGUCUUUUGCCCAGAAGUUGAAACCGAUUUGCGAUGGGUGCUUUGUCUGCGAGCACAGGCUGUUCAGAGAAGCCUGUAAGUUAGCGAAAAGUAGGUGUAACCCGAUGGCGUGGAGGUUCUACCAGCGCGCCCCAUGCGUCGUCGGAUGCGGGUGCCAUGGCAGCCAAGACAAGAUCGAACACUACGCGUUUUGCCCUGUUGUCGUGUGAUUAUGCCGGAGAUAUAUCGGCUCGUCGCAAGUCGAAGUGCGACCCUCGUUGGGGAAGUUCGUAGCCAUGGGUUUGGACGAGAACGUGCUCGACGACAUAGCCCUUACCCAGAGAGCGAUUACCUUAUAUGCUGUCUACAGGGCCACCAACAAUCUUCGCCGUCGGGGCCGGGGAGAGGGCGUUGACGGCCAUGAUGUGCUACAGCAGUUUGCCAAGGAGGCGGUGCGGGGCCACAGAUGGGCCACCGCAGUAUUGGAUGGGCGCGGAGCGCUCGACCGCGAGGCCUCGGAGCUGCCGGUCGACCCGCGGAUUGACCACGAACGGCUCCUAGACACGCUCGCCGACGAGAGCGACAUCUAGAGUCUUCUCCGACCACGCCCCGUGUUUGCCGCUGGCUGCGCGCAUUUUCCGCCCCGCUCACGUUGCAGUGCUCGUGAUAAUGAUAUGUAGGCUAAGUUGUUGGCUUGAUGUCCCCCUCCUCCUCUCUUCUCCGGCCGCUGUCGCCCCCCUUCCCCGUCGCUCUCCACUGCGUUGUAUGUUGAGUCUUUGCACGCGCGGGGCGAGCCGUUCCGUCCGCAGCCGAUUCGAGCGGUUGAUUAUUCCGCCUCUCUCUCUCUCUCUCUCUCUCCUCUGCGGGCCGAGUCGGUG